GAGUUUCAUCGAAAUGGCUUAUGUAUGGUUUGGACAACAAAAUCAGAAAAUAACCAGAUUGAUUUACAAAAUCGAUAAAUUGGUGGGUUCAGAGGGCAACAACAAUACAGGAUAUACCUCCAUAUCAACAUAACUGACAUUGUUUAGCUAGCUAGUCAGGACAAAUAUCAGUAGUGUAUACUGCCUCAUAUCAGCUACAGCCGCUAUAAUUUACAUAAACUCAUAAAUCUCUUCUUCUCUCUCUCUCUCCCCCCCCCCCACACACACACACACCGGUUGCUGUCACAUGACUGUCAGUGUACCACGUGUUUGCCGGAAAGCGUAUGCCGAGUCGUAAACACGUGUAAAGUGAGAAGAGGUCUCUUAUUGUCGGAUUUAUGCGCCGUGUGGUUCAAAAAUAAUUCAUCCGAAAGUCCCCGCGAGGUGAGGGUACAAAGACAAUAAGUUCCUCUCAGAUCAGAUGUCUUCCCCCGCCUCCAGCAUCCCUCUUGUCCUCCUGAAUACGGGGCUUCAGAUGCCCCUCCUGGGUCUAGGGACUUACAAGUUGGUGGUUCUGGAAGACGUGCACCGGGCUGUGGAUGCGGCGCUGGUUGCUGGUUAUCGGGCCUUUGACAGCGCAGCUGUCUACCGGAAUGAAGCGGAGCUGGGCCGAGCCUUGAAGGAGCUCCUGCCCAAACACGGCUUAACCAGAGAGGAUGUAUUCAUAACCAGUAAGCUGGACUCCAGUGAUCAGGGCGAGAAAGCCAUGGAAGGAGCCCUGCGCAGCCUGUCUCAGCUGGACUUGGGUUACAUUGACCUCUACCUGAUCCACUGGCCUGGCACACAGGGUCUGGAUGUGGCUGACCAACGCAACCCAGGUCAUCGAGCUCAGAGUUGGGUCGCACUGGAGGAGCUGCAUGCCCGGGGGAAGCUGAAGGCCAUUGGAGUGUCAAACUACACACCAGCACACAUGAGAGAACUGAUGCAGAGCUGCAAAGUCCAUCCUGCAGUGCUACAGGUAGAGUUUCACCCCAGGCUGUGCCAGACAGAGCUGAGGAAAGUGUGUGAGGAGUAUGGAGUGUGUUUCCAAGCGUACUCCUCCUUAGGGAAAGGAGAGCUGGUCACUGACCCUGUGGUCUUGGAGGUGGCAAAGAACUGUGAACGCACACCUGGACAGGUCCUCCUGCGCUGGGCUGUGCAGCAGGGCGUCCCAGUGAUCCCGAAAUCUUCAAAUCCAGACCGAAUAAAAGACAACGCCAGGCUUUUUGACUUCACACUGAGUGACACAGACAUGGACAGACUGUCAGCUUUGGACUGUGGGCGCAAAUACUGUCGGGAUGCAGCACUGGUGGCUUGAUAAACCAUUAGUGAAACAAUAAUAAUAAUUCUAUGGUAGAGCACUCUUUAUAUAGGACAAGGUGCUUUACAAUAAAGGAAGAGAGACAUUGAGGAACUUAAAAACAGGGGAAAUAACACUGAAAAUAAAGCAUUAUCCCCAGUGAAUUUUAAAACUAUUCCAUAAUACUUUCCUCUAUUUCCAAGACUUAAUCUGAGCAGUUUGAAAUAGGUAGGCCUGUAGGGUGCAAUAAAAAAAAUAGCCAAACCAAUGUGUAAUCAAAAGUCAAACCAAUUUCUCGCACUGGAAAACUGUUUUUUUUGGGCGAAUGUAUUAAGUAUUUAGUUCAUGCAUGUACUGAGAUAUGGUACAAGUAAGAUUUUAGAUAACAUUGGCCAGUAAGUUGUGUUGGUUUUGACCCAAAUGCCAUGAAACACUGAUUCAUGUCAGGCAGUAAAUGUGUUGCUUCCUGACCCCAAAAUGAUUUUCUGUUAACACAUCUAUCAAUGGGUCUUCAUUUUUGGUCAAAUCCCACAUUUAUAGAAAUACUAUGUUCUUUUGUGUUCUAGCAACAUUUCAAUUGUCAAUGAAUUACUCAAAAUGUGCAAUAAAAGAAAUAUGGCAUUUU